ACCGUAUUUCGGUACUUGCAGGCAGCGACAACCGUCUCGCACAAUGCCAGUGAUGCCUGACGCACCAACCUUCUGUCAGCCCUGAGCCCGGUGCAUCCAAGAUCUCUACGCCGUUUAUUCAGUCGGUACGGUCCGGACUCCAGGGUAUUCUAUUGAACAAUAAAGGAACACGGCCCGUUCCCUCCCUCCGUCACGAACAGAAGCCCACGUCUUGACAUAGUUUCGAGUGGAAGCGCAGGCCGAGGACGCAGACAAUCAACCGCAUUCAUCCUGGCCAACAAGACAAUAUCUUAAGUUCUGAACAGGUAUGACACCGUAUUGUUUACUGUUACGAGCCCUAACUAGUAAGUCGCCGCAGGGUCUGUCUGCAACUGCCAAAAGCCAUGGUCGCAGGCGAGCACGAGAGCCUUGAGGACCCCCCGCAGCCGAGACUUGGUCCGUCACCGGAACGAGUGAGCGUACCUUCCGGGUCGCUCGAGGCCAAAGAUGUCCCAUCUUUGGUUUCAGAGAUGCGAAAGGAGCUUUGGAGCAACGCUUAUAGUCGCCUUGUAGAGGAGGCGCCUGACCUUGUUGAUGCGUUUGAGAGAAUUUUGUCUGCCCAGCUCCGCGGACUUGAAUUGAGCUCCGCGUCCCUCGCAUCCCAAACAAACGACAUUGAUCGUGACGACCCGGAGGAAAGGCUAUCGCAGUUUAGGCAUAUCGCCGAGAGGGGACUUCUAGGACUACGAACACGGAGUCUAGCUGAUCAUGGUAUCAAAGAAGCAAAUAAGGCACGAUGGCUUGUAAGCGAAAUCAUCGACAAGGCGCUUGCGGCGGCUCGAGAGCUUGCUACCCCAUGGGUUGGCAUAUACCUUGGUCUAGAGGCGCUAUUGGACUCGGGCCUUGUCGAUGGAGUUAAACGUCCAGGGCUCGCCCACGAUAUCUCAAAAACAGAGUUCUACUGGAACCUGCCAGUGCUCUUCCUCAAUGAGUACUGGACUCGCCCACUGACCCGAGAGAAUCGAAGGGUACAACAGAACAAGGUCAUCGAAUCAUGUGUGACAAUCUUGUCGUCCCAGAUGAUGACGAUCUGCUCGUACACCAAAUCUCGACAGCCGGAUGUCGACUUCUUGCGGAAUUUACCUCAAAUCUGCAACUGGAAACACGUUAGUGUCGACUUCAGAGGCCACAUACAAGACCUACUGGAACAUCACUGGUGGUCCAUCACCAACCGUUUGGGAAAAAACUAUAUCCAAGGUCUUACUAAUAAGGCGAUGUCGAAAGAGAUCAUGCUUCGUCAGCUGCAUUCGGAGAAAUUUUCCUUUGUGUGUGCCGCCUGCGGAAACCUCGACUCAGACAAUUGGGGGGACAAGUUUUACACAACGUGCAUUGUGGAUGUACAAAAUGGCUCUUACGACUGUCCUGCAUGCGAAGUUCUUAUCAAAGGGACGACACAUUUUGUGAAACCUCUGGAUGAGACAGCAAAGCUAACUCUAUACGCUCACAAAGAUGGCUCCCUAAAGGUUGAAUACCAUUGGGGUUCCCUUAAUACAGAAGACGCCCGACGUUUUGAAUUCUUUACUGAAGAAGGUCUCCCAAAGCCUUGGCCAGUCAUUGGGUAUUCACGCAUGAUGAAGUCGAUAACCCUAAGCAGGAGCGCUCAGCUUGUAUCACGAUGGUUCCGCCAUUGUCUUGCAGAACAUCGACUUUGCAAACGACCAAGACAAAACCUGCCAACUAGGGUUCUGUAUGUGGGCAGCGAACAUCGCGAGCCACGCCUUGUUGAAAUCCACAAUGAAGAAGCCCAGUAUACUGCUCUGAGUCAUUGCUGGGGUGGAAUGCAGCAUAUCCACCUAACGACCACCCGACAAACAUUGGAGGACCGAAGAGAAUCCAUUCCACUGACUACUCUGCCCCGGACUUUUAGAGACGCUGUCCUCUUGACCAGAAUGAUCGGUAUUGAGUACAUCUGGAUAGACUCGUUGUGUAUCAUUCAAGACGACGACGAAGACUGGGCGAGGGAAUCCGCACGCAUGGCUGAAGUAUAUCAAAACGCUGCCCUCACAAUCUCGGCAGACGGUGCUGCAAAUGACUCGGAAGGCUUGUUUGAGCCAAGCAGGAAACGUUCCGUGGAGGAAAGCCGAAUACAGGCUAGCCAUCCAGCAGAUUCGGCUCCGGUUUACGUGCGCAAAACAACCCUCAGACCGUUCGGUGAUUACGUACAUGUUAUAACCCAUAGAUCUGACCAACCUUUGCGUCGUCGUGGCUGGACUCUCCAGGAGUGGUUGCUGUCAGCGAGGGUUGUGCACUUUUACAACGGACGAGAUCCUCUGGGAAUGCAACGACCUCCAACUUUGCGAGUGCCAAGUUACCUCUCAAUCGCCAACCAUAUGGGAAGGCCAGCAUAUUCGGUAUCUAGCAAAGGCCGAUUACUACCAUAAAGGUGAUGAGGCCAGAAACCGUGGAUACUUUCGAUGGCGAGAGGUGGUAGAGGAGUUUUGCCGGAGACAACUCACGAAGCAGACGGACAGGCUCCCGGCACUUUCUGGUGUAGCGGCAUUCAGCAAAGCUAAUGCUAAGGUAGACUACAUUGCCGGACUCUGGAAAUCCGAGCUCCCAGACG